GUAUUUGAUAUGAAAAGGAAACAGAUCCUUGCCAUACAGAAAUAUUAACGGCAUGACUGGAUCAAGGCAUGAUCUGAUACCCAGAUGUCCUCUGCAUGGCAUACUAUAUAUAUGUUAACAUUAAAACACUAUGCCAUCCCUCCUCUCCCUCCUUACUGUCCCUUCGCCUAGACCAGGAGGAUGAUUUCCGAGGACUACGUUGUGUAGGCAAGAACCAUCAAGAAUUGGAGUUCCUCUCGGUGAUAAAUGCUUACAUAUAUUGUAUGCUUGCUCACGACCAUCUACAAGACAGAGCGGGUGAAAAGGUACACAUUAUUAGCACGUUUGUAUCUGGUCAGAUAAAAGAAGAAGGUGAAAGAGACAUCGACCCAUCAAAAUAUCGUCGCAUCGUGCGUCAUGUUAAUACUUAUCUACAGCAAGAUAUGUUAUUCAUUCCGAUUAACAUGCCGGGCUACCAUUGGUAUCUAGCAGUCGCUAAUGCCAAAAAACGAGAGAUCCAAGUAUUAGACUCACUUGGUGAGAAUGUCAAACGCAAUGACCUUGCUACUACGUUACGGGGGCUCGAGAAAUGGCUGAAACUUGCAUAGCAGAGUCGGGAGUUUAUCAGAGGUGAUAAGUGGCCCGAUCUCAAUGUUA